AAAGAGAGCAAACCCCCAAAAAUCUGUGCUUCCUGUAGCCUCCAUAGCCAAAAUUUGAAUACUUUUGAUCAGUACUCAUUGAAACAGAGCACAGUAUGUUUCCUUCACAACGAGGCAAUGAGAUGGUUAUCGAAUUUUCUAGCCGUCCCCACCACCAUCAGCAGCAGCAGAAAAUCUCAGAGGAUCUCAUUGUGGACGGCCAUGCUCAUGCUUCUCUGGAUAUGAUCAAUUUUUCGGAUAAAAAAUUACAAGCUGGUACUGGCAAGCCGAAGAAGCUACUUUAUGAGUCUUCUCAGGAUAAGAUUAGCCACUAUCGAAAUUCUGAUGACGAAUACAAGAAGAAGAACGAAAAGCUCAUUCACAGGGAGAUUGAGAGGCAAAGAAGGCAAGAAAUGGCCACCCUCUAUGCAUCCCUUAGAUCUCUUCUCCCACUCGAGUUCAUCAAGGGAAAGCGUUCGAUAUCAGAUCACAUGAAUGAGGCCAAGAACUACAUAAAGCACCUGCAAAAGAAUAUCAAAGAACUGAGUGCCAAGAGAGACGAACUGAAGAAAAUAUCGGAGAAUUCUUCGAAUCCAGAAACACACGAGUGCGAAAAUUACACAUAUAGCGGCUUUUUCAGCGUUCACGAGAUUAAUAACAAUGUUUGUGUCGGAAUAGAAGUUUCUAGUUCCUUCGGAGACGAAAGGUUUUCCCUUUCAAAAUUGCUUAAACUGAUGCUUGACGAAGGACUUGGAGUUGUUAACUGUGUUACCAGCCAAGUCAACGGAAGAUUAAUUUACAGUGUUCAGUGUGAGGUUAUUAGCAGUUCCGACCGUGUAGACCUGCCUGCGCUGAGAAGGAAAAUUGUCAAUCUAGUCCCAUCGUUUAAAUGUUCUGAUUAAUUAGCCAUACGUUAACAUUAAUUUGGGCAUUGACAAGAAACGCAUGAUAAUUUGUCCUUUUCUAACCGGUUAGUUAGUAGUUUCGAUGUUGGGGUGAUUUUGCUUGAAAUGUUUGACGUGGCCUUGGUUUUGAUUCAGAUCCUUCUUUUUUCUGAACAAUGAGAGGGAAAUAAGAGGAAAACAUUUCAUUCAUUACAGGGCUUACCCGCAGUUUUUCUCAGACAGAUUGUGACGAUUGAAUUUCCGACUUUGUUGAUAUUUAAAUCGGUACAUUUAUGUGUUUUUAUAACUUCACAGCGUUGGUACAGUCACGAAUAAAACUGUCUUGUUAAAUUA